AAAAAAGAAUGUAAACAAGCAAUUAAAGUCUGCAAAGUUCCCACGAUUCCAUGCAUACCUGCGACACACACAGAACUUCCCCAUUAGCAUAUCUGGCAUACCAAAGUCUGACACCAAACCCAGUUGGCCUACUCACAUAGAGAGCAAAGCAGUCUCACUGAGAACCACACCUGCUCGUAAUACACUUAAAAUAACAGUACCAGCCCUCACAGUUUCUAUUAAUACAUAUCUGAAGAAACCUAAAGUUUACAAUGCAAAAACUCUUCACGACCCAAUGAUAAAUGUUUGAAUCUGCUCAAAAAUAAUUACUAAAAAAAGAUGGAAUAGAUGUGGUGAUUUACUCCUUAGAGCAGCUUUCUACUGUACAGAAAGUUUUAAUAUCUCUUUUUUGUUGAAGUUUGUGAUGCAACAGCAGGCUGAUUCCCUACAAAUCAACUCGUGUCAUUGUGUUCUACCGACGCAUGAUGAGAAUCAUUCCAUUCUCAAAUGUGGACAAACAGCAAUCACAACAUUUCUGAGCUCAAAGGGAUCCGCCCACCACACUUAUGUGACUCUGAUACGCAGAGCGACAUUUAUCUCAGAAGUUAUUUGAGGAAGACGAGGUGACUCACUUUACCUGGACGGUAAGUCUUCACUGAUACUUCCCUGAAACAGGGCUGUCUUAGGAAUUCGUACAUCUCCGCAAACUUAAGCCUUCGAAAAGUGUAUGAAGUCAAGCACUAAACCGGUAAACAGGUGUUCAUCGAGUGACUGCUGUCAGUUAAAAUUUCCAUUACGAGAAGAUCUAUUCAGUAUUUCCCAUGAUGGCAGAACACGGUGAACCUUGCACUGAGUCAGAAGCCAGCUUUUGCAUGAAUGGAGGAAAAUGCUUUAAAAUAGACUCUGUGUAUACUCUCAAAUGUGUCUGCAGUGCGAACUUUGAGGGCAGCAGAUGUGAGCACUACCAGCUGAUCAGUUUCUCACGGGACAGUGAGGAGAAGGGCAUGAUCGCCGCUGUGGUCAUCUUCGCCCUCCUCAUCCUAGUGCUGCUCGGUGUGGUCAUCUACUACAUCUGCAAAAUAAAGAGAAAGGGACAGAGUCAACCGAAAUCUGAGGAGUACCAGGCAGUCAAAUCAAGUAGUCAGCCGGUGUGACUCCACUUAUGAAAGUCAGAUGCAUGUGAACUCGACACUUGUUGCUAAAAGAGGCUUUGAUGUUGUGGAUGACCCCAUCAUGAUAGAGGAACAUCUUUACCUUGUAACAUCGCCCCCUUGUGAAAGUCUUGGACUCAAUGUGAAAAUGUGUCAGUUGCACAAUAGCUCAAAGUGCCAGCUACUCUCAAAAUAUCUUUCUUAAUGUUCAUAGAUUUUGUAAAAAGAUCUGUCAAUUAAAACAUAUUAAGUUAAAUAUGUUAAAAGGAUGCAGAUUCCAUACAAGCAAAAUGUUACCAUAUCAGAUGUUCAAUGGAAAGCAAUACAUUUCAAAACGAG